UUCCCUUCCCAGCAAUUAUAUGCAGCAGGUUUCGAAAGCAGCGAUUUCUUCAGCAGCUGCUGCAGAUUCUCCACAGGGACCUCUCGCUGUGUAGUCGCGGAAAAGGCUGGAUUCAGAAGAAGCGCCCCUCCAAUUUUUAUAUCUCUACGUUCUCCUCCCACCGAGCUUCCGGCCGAGGCGACUGCCACUUCCGGUAGAAAAAAAGAUGGCAUCUGAGCGCGCGGUGCCGAGCGACUUGUUCCCGCUGGUGCUGGCUUUCUUGCGGGAGAACCAUUUCGACCGGGCGGCGCGGGCUUUUGGGAAAGCGGCUGGAGUGACUGAGCAAGAUCCAAAUGCUGCUUCUCUCCUUGAUAUCUUCAAUUUUUGGCUAAAUGCUACACUGUGCUCCCAACCUACACCUUCCCCACUCCCGAUGCUGUCUUUUUCCUCUGCUGCUUGAAUUCAGGUGCAACAGGAGCAGCCUGACUGGUCUAUCUACCUUGCUCUUGAUUAUCCCAGCUCUUUUUCUCAGUGUGCAAUCACUAUCUUGGUAUUGCUGCCCCCUGCAACACAUAUCUGGACAAAAAAAUAGUGGGUUCUGGAUCCAAACAAAACAAUUGUCCAGACAAGGGCAAGGUAUGCUCUAUUUAGAAAAGGUUUCAUCUUUGUAGUUGAGUAAAAUGCAUUUGUUAUGCUUAACCCAUGACCAUUUGUUCAGUGACUAAGCUUAUAACAGCACUGAACAAAUUGUGAUUAGGAGAAAUCUCAGGGUUCCAGCCAUCCUAGCACUCCUUUGGUCAUGUGGUCUGUGGGUUUGGCAACCAGUUUGAACUUAUGACACAGCACCCUAGAAUCACAUUUGCAACCUUCCCUAGAAAGUCAGUGGGGAAGUCAGCCAGUAAGUUUCAAGUUUUUGAGUAAGC